AUGCCCUUCAUUCGCCCUUUUGAGCCAAGAGAUACUGAGGCUUGCAUGCACAUUUGCCACGCAACCCAGUCCCCAACCGUCGCCGCUGACCCUGUCACCGCCCGCAUGUCCCCCUACAUCUGGUGUGUCCAAUUCACCCAUCUCUCUCCACAGACCUGUUUCGUUCUGGUCGACGACACCGAUACCAACACCAACACCGACUUCUCUUCCUCCUCCAAAGACGGAAAAGAUGGGAAAGUAGUAGGCUACGUAAUCGGCACCCCCGACGUCCACGCCUUCGCUGCUUGUUACCCCCGCUACAUCAAGGAAGUGCUGCAAUCCCCCCAAGGUCUCAUCGACGUUCCCCCGCCCAAGCAACUGGACACACUCGAGAGCUGGUUCCUUCCAUCUUCCGGUGGUAAAACGAAAGAAGCUGCUGCUGCUGCUCAAAGGUUGAAUCCGGUGUGUCUAGCUCAACUUGCGUAUAACCCGCAAUGGCUGGUCUUGUCAGGGCCGGAGGGCGGACCCGCGGAAGCGAGGAAGAAGGAGAUGGUGGAAACGUGGAGGGCCAUGUUGCAUAUUGAUUUGUUGGAUGAGUGGCAGGGGAAGGGGUGGGGGAGGAAAAUGAUUGACCGGUUUGUUGAGGCUGUAAGGACGAGUGGAGCGGAUUAUGGAAGGGGAGUGAAUUUGGGGGUGGCCGGGGAGAAUAAGAAGGUGGUGAAGUUCUAUGAAAAGGUAGGGUUCAGAGUUUUUGAGGGGGGAGAGGUGGAGGGAAAUGUUUGGAUGGUUAGAGACUUGUGUGGGAAAACCGGGGGUAAGGAGAGGGAGUAA